AUGGCGUCUGAUGCUGAUUUCACCUUCGAGUCCGCCGAUGCUGGUGCCUCUGAGACCUAUCCUAUGCAAUGCUCAGCUCUCCGAAAGAACGGUUUCGUCGUAAUUAACAACCGACCAUGCAAGAUCGUCGACAUGUCCACCUCCAAGACUGGCAAGCACGGUCACGCCAAGGUCCACAUUGUCGCUCUUGACAUCUUUACUGGCAAGAAACUCGAAGAUCUCUCUCCUUCCACUCACAACAUGAACGUUCCCAACGUCAGCCGACGAGAAUAUACUCUGCUGGAUAUCAAGGAAGACGGUUUCCUCGAGCUUAUGGAUGAUUCUGGAGACACCAGGGAGGAUGUCAAGGCUGAAGGUGAUGUUUUGACCAAGUGCGAGAAAAUGAAGGCAGACCCCGAUGCCGACGUCACUGUUAUCGUCCUCAAGGCUAUGGGUGAGGAGAUUGCUAUGGACGUCAAGACUGGUACCGCUAAAUAG